AUGAACUCGACACUCCUCCGCACCACCGCCGUCCGCUCGGCCCUGCGCGCCGCAGUUCCUUCCACACCCGCCCGCGCUGGCAUCGCUGGCACCACCUUCGUGCGCGGAAAGGCUACGCUGCCGGAUCUGCCGUAUGACUACGGUGCCCUCGAGCCCGCCAUCAGCGGCAAGAUCAUGGAGCUCCACCACAAGAAUCACCACAACACCUACGUAACCUCCUUCAACAACUUCAGCGAGCAGAUCGCCGAAGCCAAGCAGAAGAACGACAUCGCCGCCCAGAUCGCUCUCCAACCCCUCAUCAACUUCCACGGCGGCGGCCACAUCAACCACACCCUCUUCUGGGAGAACCUCGCGCCCACGUCCCAGGGCGGCGGCGAGCCCCCAACCGGCGCCCUCGCCUCGGCCAUCAACGACUCUUAUGGCAGCCUUGAUGCGUUCAAGGAGAAAUUCAACACUGCGCUUGCGGGCAUUCAGGGUAGCGGAUGGGCGUGGUUGGUCCAGGAUACGCAGACGGGCAAGGUGGGGAUUAAGACGUAUGCGAACCAGGACCCGGUUGUUGGUCAGUUCCGCCCCAUCUUGGGCGUGGAUGCCUGGGAGCACGCGUACUACCUGCAGUACCAGAACCGUAAGGCCGAGUACUUCAAGGCUAUUUGGGAUGUCAUCAACUGGAAGGCGGCGGAGAAGCGUCUCAAGUAG